GCCAAGGUUGCGUUAGGACCAACAGGAUCCCAUGCUUUGUCAAGCCCUAACGCGCAUAACCCCUGGAAUCGGCCUGCUGUUCAUCCGUGCUUCGACCAAAACCCUCCGACCUGACCAAAGGGUCCGAUUGGGCCGACCAUUUCGUUGGCCAACUCGGUCUUCUUAGCGUCCUUAUACUACUCUCCAGAUCUAUACAUCGAUAUAAAUAUUUUUACCUUGGUCGAUUUCUCUCCGAUUCACCAUGGUGAAUACAAAGAGAGCACUGUUUCCGCUGAUUCCGUGCGGAUUUCUACCUCCCUUUCCUCACACCCCAAUACCAUAAGCCUUUUGUGCCAUUAAUUAUUCCUAGUGGUGCUGAGUUACUAUCACCAUCAUGCAGUCGUACCUUCAGUAUCGCCGUAUACGGCAAGAGGUGCAGGAAGACCUCAUCCUUGCCCAGCAGCUCGCGAAGCGGCCGGUCGGUUCCACCACGAGCUCCUCCUCGCCCGAACCAGAUAACUACAGCGACAAAGAGCGUGGAGUGACGGUCCCCGACGGGCCAGCUUCCUCCCUGGACGCGCACUUUGUGCCGGGUGUCACCAUCAAACCCCCGGAAGACAACAAUGGCAAGACGGUGUUCGUGGUCGGCUGGAAAGAGCAUGACCCGACCAACCCCUACGAAUGGUCCAUGGCCCGGAAAUGGUUGACCACGAUGACAUGUUGUAUCAUCGCCAUUGCAUUGACGAUCCCCAGCUCGAUUGACGGUGCUACGCAAGAGGCCUUCAACAUCGAUCAUCGCAUUAAUGACAUGGCGGGGUCCAUGAUCACAGGUAUCUUCCUCAUCGGUGUCGGUGUUGGCUCGUUAUUUUCCGGUCCCUUCUCGGAAACGUUCGGUCGCAAUAUCAUCUACUUCAUCGCCAUUACUCUGGUGAUGCUGUUUAUCAUGGCCAAGGCCCUCGCGCCCAACUUCGGCGGGGCGCUGGCCUUCCGUUUCCUCUGCGCCCUGUUUGCAGCCACCCCAAUGACGGUGGCCGGCGGCACCGUGGGCGACAUCUGGACACCCAUGCAGAUCACCUUCGGUCUGCCCUUGAUGACAAUCUGCGCUUACGCGGGUCCCAUUGUGGGCCCCGUGAUCGGUGCCUACACGCCGCUCAUCGGCUACGAGUGGGCCGACUGGAUCUCCAUGAUCUUCACAGGCGCUACGCUCGUCGUUGUGAUCCUUGGCCAGCCCGAGACCUACGGUCCCCUGCUGUUGGAAUGGCGUGCCAAGCACAUGCGGGACCUGACUGGCGAUGACCGCUACCAGGCGGAGCACGCGUCGGCGAGUUCGCUUGGUAGCCGGUUGCUGGUCAAUGUGUACCGUCCGUUCGUCAUGAUCUGGACCGAGCCAAUCAUCCUCGUCUUCAGCUUCUACCUCAUCCUGCUCUACUUCAUCCUGUUCACCUUCUUGAACGGCUACCCAUACAUCUUCGCUAAGGUAUACGGCAUCUCCGUCAGCAUGACCUUCAUCAUCUUCGUUGCCAUGCUUCCGGGUGUCUUCGUCGCCCUGGUCUUGGUGCCGUUCAUGUAUAGAUUGACUAAGAAGGCCGCCGCCAAGGCUGCAGCAGAGGGCAAGGCCUUGCAGCCCGAGGUAUCCCUGUACUGGGCCAUGGCUGGUGCCUCCAUCCUCAUGCCCAUCUCCCUCUUCUGGAUGGCGUGGACCUGCUACCCCUCUAUCAGCAUUUGGUCCCCCAUCGUUGCUUCCGGAAUCUUCGGCUACGCACUUGUCUGCAUCUUCACCACCUCAUACAUGUACAUCAUCUUCGUAUACCUCCAGUACGCGGCCUCGGCCCUAGGCUUCAUGACCUUCUCGCGAUACGUCGUCGCAGGUGCACUGAGCCCGGCCUCGGUCAAGAUGUACGAGAACAUCGGCCCACACUGGUCUCUGACUAUCGUUGCCAUUAUUGCUACAAUCAUGGCACCCGUACCGUUCAUGCUUUACAAGUACGGCCAUAAGAUCCGUGCCAUGAGUAAGAAUGCGGUCAACAAAGCCUAGGUUCGGUCUUGGUUUGAGAAGGGGGGGGCCGCACUUUGCUUUGUUUUGGGUGGGGUGAGAUACCAUCUUUACUGAGUGGUUACGUAUAGAUUCCCUGAUUGUUAAUAUUUAUUUGUGUUGAGGUAGGGAGUGGUUAUGGAUAGAACGCUUGGGGUCGCUUAAUGUUUAGAGUCUACAUUGACAAGUCUUUGCUCUUCUAUGUUAGAAUAGUUGCAAUUGAGGUGGAUACGCGUAAUGAUUAUUAUGAUUAUUAAUGUUGGAAUUUAGGAUAGGAUGGAAAUUGUUGAUGUGAACGUUAAGAUACCUCUUUCUUCAUGAUCUCCACAAGUUUCUCUCGUGUCAUCCACUGUGUCAUGCACUCUGUAUUUACUCUGCAAAGGAGAAUAUUGUACAUCUAGGUCGACUUAGAUGGAACAAGUACCAUGGAUUAGAGGGUAUACACCCAAGAACAAGCUAUAAAGUUUCAAA